AUGAGGCUCUCCAUCACCGCCCUCGCGGCGGGCCUCCUCCUCGCCCCCUACGCCGCCGCCUUCGGGCGCGGCACGGCGAUGGACAUCGGACCGGACGACGACACCAUCUCGGCAGCCGACCUCCACAAGCGCGCCGAGACGACCAACGGCUGGGGCACCUUCGACCAGCUGAUCGACCACGCCGACCCGGCGCUGGGCACCUUCAAGCAGCGCUACUGGUACGGCACCGAGUUCUGGAAGGGCCCCGGCUCGCCCAUCUACCUCGUCACCCCCGGCGAGCAGACGGGCACGGGCUUCAACCGCACCUGGCUGGGCAGCGCGCGGCUGUCGGGCCUCAUGGCCAACCAGACCGGCGGCGCCGUCGUCAUCCUCGAGCACCGCUACUGGGGCGGCUCCUCGCCCUACGCGAACCUGACCGUCGAGAAUCUGCAGUAUCUCACGCUCGACAACUCGCUCAAGGAUCUGACCUACUUUGCCAAGAACUUCGUGCCGCCGUUUGACGACUCCGGCGCGAGCUCGGCCGGCAAGGCCCCGUGGGUGUUUGCCGGCGGGUCGUAUGCCGGUGCCCUGGCCGGGUGGCUGGCUGCGUUGGAGCCGGAUUUGGUGCUGAGCUUUGGGUCUAAGAAGCGGAAGCAGGAGUUGAAGAAAAAGUUCAUGCUCGAGGACCUGGAAGAUGGGGACUUUGCUGCUGCGCUCGAAUGGGGCCCGUGGCAAUGGCAGUCGACCCAGUUCUACUCGGUCAAGAACACGGGUUACACGCCGUACUACCGCUUCUGCGACUACGUUGAGAACGUCUGGCCUAACUCCACGAACAAAGUGCCUGGCGCCCGGGGUGUCGGCCUGGCCAAGGCUCUGGACGGCUACGCCAAAUACGUGAAGGAGGAGGUCAUCCCUGGCUACUGCGAGAGUGCCGGCUACGCCGAAUGGGAAGGCGAGCUCAACAUUGAGUGCUUCAAAGGCCUGGACCCCAACAACGUCGCCUACAAGGACCUGACCCCCGGCAACUGGGUUAACCGACCAAUGGAACUGGAUGCUCUGCAACGAGCCUGCCCGCUGCACUUCCCCGAGGGCGGGUACGGGCUCGAGUCGGGCAAGCGCGCCAAGGACGUCAACCGCUGGACGGGCGGCUGGGACGUCACCAACACGACGCGCGCCAUGCACACCAACGGCCAGCACGACCCCUGGCGCGACGCCACGCUGUCCAGCGCCUUCCGCCCCGGCGGACCGGUGCACUCGUCCAAGCAGCUGCCAGUGCGGUUGGUGAAGGGGGGCGUUCAUUGCUCGGAUAUGUACGGGCCGAAUUGGGACGCGAAUGAGGAUGUGAAGAGGCUGGCGCUGGAUGCGGCGGCGGAGAUGAAGGGGUGGGUGGGGGAGUGGUAUGAGGAGAAGGGCGUGAAGAAGCCGUGGGCGAAGAACUAG